GAGCCCGCCGGAGGGGGCGGCGGUGCCACCGGCGCGGGCCGCCCGAGCAAGGACUGGGACUUCACGAGCUCGGACAUGUCCAGGUACUGCCUCGGGCCCGCCCAGCAGCUGCGCCGGCAGGCGGUGCGGAUCUCCAAGAACCACGACGAGGCCGCCGCGCAGGUCCAUCGCAAGCUGCGCAGCAUGCAGGAGAAUGUCGCGCCGUUCGUGCAGGAGCUCCGGGAGCGCGGCUGGGCGUCGGACGCGACCCCGCCCGGCCGCCACCCCAUGACGCCCUGCUUCGCGUCCAAG